UCCUGGUUUGAAAAAUCUAAAGAGUUCAUUUUAAAUGGAAGAUAUUCAAAAGAUGAAGCUGUUAUAAAUAUGAUAGAAGAUUUCUUUGAUGUUUUGAUGGUCAUACAUGAUGUCAAUGAUGAAGGUAAAAGGCAAGUAGUGGAAAGUUUUGCACCUCGAAUAUGUGCCCUGGUUAUUGACACUAGAGUGAACAUCUAUAUUCAGCAAGAGAUUCUAAAAAAACUGAAUGCUAUGCUUGACAAAAUGCCUCAAGAUGCCAGGGAAAUACUCUCUAAUGAAGAAAUGUUAAUUCUCAUGAGAAGUAUGGGGGACAGGAUUUUAUAUAUUGGAGAUUAUGACUUACAAGUGGGCAUCACAGAAGCUUUAUGUAGAAUGAGCACAGAAAAACAAAGACAGGAACAGGCGUGUCAGUGGUUUUCCAUGGAUUUUGUUGCUACUGCAUUUAAAGAUAUUAGAAAUUCUGAAUUUGAAACAGAUUGCAGGAAAUUUCUCAAUCUCGUAAAUGGCAUGCUUGGAGACAAGAGAAGGGUGUAUACAUUUCCUUGUGUAUCAGCCUUUCUAGAUAACUAUGAAUUACAUCUACCAUCGGAUGACAAACUUGAGGGCUUUUGGAUUGACUUUAACCUGGGCACCCAGACAAUAUCAUUCUACAUUUCUGGAGACGAUGAACAUCAGUGGGAAGCAGUCACUGUGCCUGAGGAAUUAGUGCAGCUUUAUGAUAUUGAAGUGAGAGAGGAAAAGCUGCUACUUAGUAUAAUCCUGAAAAAUCUAAUACAGAUUAGUAAAAGAGAUGGGAAAGAAUUGCUUUUCUGUUUUGCUGAGUCAGUUGACAUCAUUCAUGUGAUUCAAAAAGUUUUUGGUACAAAGAAGUAUAAGGAAUUUACAAAGAAGCAAAGUACUUCAGUUGCCAAAACAUCAGUGCACGUACUUUUUGAUGCAAGUGGAUCACAGAUUCUAGUGCCAGAAAGCCAAUUGUCAUCAGUCAAAGAAGAGCCUAUUAAUGUAAAAGAAUGUGUUAAGCCUCCAAAAUAUGUUGCAAAUAGUCAUCGAGAGCCUCAUAAAAAUAGUCAGUCUGAGGUGACAACUCCAGCCAAAAGAAAAAUAUCUGAAGCAUCUUUAGUCAUUCCUGCUACAGAUAGAUACACUGUGAGAAGUCCAAUACUAUUAACCAACAUUGCAACACCACGAAGAGGGAGGAUUAAGCCACCACUGCAAAUGAUGAGCCCAGCAAAACACCCAGGUGUUUCUGAAACAUGUGAAACGCGAGUGAAUGAUGCUAUGCCCCUUAAGUUAAAACCAUCUGCAGAACAAACGAGAGGCAACAAUACAGACAAACCCAUGAAAACUGCCAAUGUUAUGGAAAAUACAGAAAAUAAAGAAAAUGAAUUUCUGAACCCAAACUUUAAUGAACUUCAGGAUCCCGCCUUUGAUUCACAAGCAGUGAUAAAAGUAGACGAACCUGUAUUACCUGCUGCUUUACACAGCAUCAGUAAAAACAAAAAUCAUUCCAACUGGGCAUACUGGACCCCUGAAAAAAAGAUUGAACUUGUUAUUAACCAGAGAGAAAAUACUUCAUCAAAAGAUCCAGCUAAGCAAGAAUAUGCUGUCCACAAAAAACCUCCUAGACAAAAGUCAGCCUCUUCAACAUCCGAUGAUAAUUUUGAAGAAACCGGAAAGAUGCAAAGUACAAAAGCGCUAGCAGUGAAUAACACAGUAAACCAAAUGCAAGUCGAAAUUUGUAAAAGAAGCUGUCAACAACAACUAAAGCAUUCUCAACCCUUGAAGGAGAAAAAUACUCAACAAACAAAGCAGAGUGAUUGGCGCAUCGAAUCUGAAACGACGUUUAAAUCAGUGCUGCACAAUAAUAAUACAGUUGAAAAAUCUCUGAUCUACAGGGAAAAAUUAAUAUUGUCAAAAGACAUCUGUACUACUGUUUGUGACAAAAACUCUUCUAGGAACAAUGUGCAAAGUCAUAGGAAAUCGGGAAAAAAACUGGCUUCUGACCUUAAUUUCUGUGAUUUAAAACAGAAGAAAAAGGAAAAGGUUCAGAAAAAAAGUUUUAGACAACUGAAGACUACUAUUGUUAAUGUUACUUCUCAAUGCCCGUUGAAUGAUGUUUACAAUUUUAAUUUGAAUGGAGCUGAGGAACCUAUUAUAAAACUUGGAGUCCAGGAACUCCAAACUACAACUAGAGAAUCCUGUGUGGAUAAUUCAAUAAAAUUGGUAGACUUAAGUAACAAGGCUGACCGUGAACCUUCUCUCAAAACAAAAGAAAAAAGAGUAACAGACCAUGGAAAGCAGCAUCUCUUUAGUGAUAGUGACACAGAUUUCUGGCAUGAUGACAGUAUCAGCUGGUUAAGAGAACCAGAAUCAAAACGGCAGCUGAUAGACUACAGCCGAAGUAAACGCGCCAAGAGACAGAACGGUGGGGAAACAGGAUCAUUCUUAAAAACAGAACCACCAAGAUAUAAGAAAGUAAUGACACCUGGAAAAACCACCACUGGAAAGUUACAUGAUUUAGUUCCGGAUGGACGAACCAGACUUCCACGAAGAGCAGCAAAGGUGAAAAUAAAUUAUAAAGAUCUCUCAAAUUCAGACUCGGAGAGUGAAGCAGAAUUGUCAUCUAAAGAGAAAAUGCCAGUAAAGGAGGAAACUACCCAUUCUAAAACCAUAAAGCGUCCCAAGGAAUCACAGACUACUGGAGCACCAGAGGAGCCCCCAAAAGGGUGGGAGAAGUUGUCCAGACCCAAGGACACAGGAGAUAGCAGUCUUGAUGUUUCCUCUGCAUCUCUGUCUGGGAUGCCCUCGUCGGUAGAAGUAAUGAGAGGUCUAGAAGAAAUAACAGAGAGGGAGUCUACCCACGAUUAUGGUUGUGUAACACCUCAGAAAAAUUCAUCACUUGAGUCCUUAAAUAGUAAAAAUGACAGCAAUGAGAAAAAUUCAUGUACAAGAGAAAGUUGCUCACCAAUUCCACAUCCAUUUUUGCCCAACCAUACUCCUGUAUCUAAGAAUACUACGACUGGGAAUGGUCCUGGAGCAAUUCCACAAGAAACACAAAAUUCCAGCAGUUAUUCAGAUGUAAGCAGUUACAAUCCACAAAAACCGUUUGUAGAAAAUGAACUUCCAAAUACCAUUGAGAGUUACACAGAAACACAAACAGAGGAAAGCAAUUCCGUGUUUCCAUUGUCCUCAUCUAGUGAGAGAAGAGAGGACGAUGGUUGUAGCACAUCUUCUGACACGGCUCAUGCAUCAUCAGGUGCCACUCAGCAUCCUAAUCGCAAACGAAUGUACAUAGAUGAUGAUGGGCAUAAUUCUGAUGAUAUAGAAAUGGAAGAGCAAGAAGAACGGAGACAGAACUUGCUUCCCCCAAAGCUGUCUAGAAUGGAAGGUGUAGAUCAUCCCACCUCCACAAAUACUGUAGCUGGUUGUCCUCACUUUGUAGCAUCUGAAAACGUAUCCGCACUUUCAUCAUAUGAGUAUAUUCCUCAACUGGAUUGCAAAGUGGAACAUUCACGGAUGACGUAUGAGAAACUCCGUAAUGAAUAUAAGAGGAAGGCCCAAUUAAAUAUUUUUCAGAAUUACUGCAUGAUGGAUUAUUUUACCAAACAGUCUUGGAAAUCGAUACAACAACAUAUGGCAAAAGUGAGCCACCAAGUUCAAGAGUCCAGGAAUGAAAAACUUGAUAAAAUCCAAUUCACCAUCCUACAAGAGCUGGAAAACGUUGAAAGAGAAGCAGAAUCCCUAACAGUUUUGGAGAAGGAAUUUGCGGACUUUUGGGAAAAGCUGAUUCACAAGCUCACUAUUUAUCAGAAAAGUGAGCGACAGAGGCUCCAUGUUCUGAGAACCUCUCUUGAUGAAAACAUCUGCACCAACACUGAAGAGGAAGAUGCCAUGUUUACUUCGGAGAUGUGCGUGAUGAAAGAAAACAUGAAAAGGAUACAAGACAGGCUUCUCAAGAAAAUGGUAAAUUGAAUAUCUAGUCAGGUCUUUAUGAAGAGAAAUUCUUGGGUUGUGGAAAACUUAGAAUAAUGAACCCAUGAGCGCUGUAGUCGGCCUGAGGAGUAUCGUGACAGUUACCCAAAGGCUAUAUAUACGCUAGGGAAGAACUGUUCUCCCUGUGGGGCUUAAAGGAAGCUGCUUUGAGAAAACACCCAAAGUUGGCAGGCAUGUUGGUCACUUUUUGGCUUCCUUAAAUGUCAGUGAUGAUCAUGAAGAAUGAGCACUGAUACACUAUAAAAGGGUGGUUUUAAAACGAAUCCUAGUGACGGUGAAAUCUAAGUGUAAUGAUUUCUUCCCCCUUGGUGGACCACCAUAGCAAGAGGAGGAGCUUCGUCAUGUACGCAGAGGGCUGUCGUCAUUAUUUACGUCUGAUGAAAGAGCC